UAAACAAUCCACAUAUGAUACUUAUUCAACAUUAUUUACCAUAUAACUAUAGACAAUCAUAAUAAUCAAUAUGGAAACUAAUCGACAGAGUAACAAUCUACUAUCUUCAUCAACUGUACCCAAUCUACAACCUCCGCCACCACCACCACCCAUUCAAUCAUCAUCAUCUGCAUCUACAUCUGCAUCUACAUCUAAUUGGUUUAAUAGUCAUCAUCAUAUGAAUUCAUCUUUCGAUCAGAAUACAGAUAGUGAUAAUGAUCAUACCGAUCAUCAUCAUCAUCAUCAUCAUCAGUAUACUCCAUCUCCUAAACGAAGAGUCAUUCAUCAAGGUUUCAAUGAUGUUUCUACUCCUUUAAAUUAUGGUAAUCAUCAUCCAUCUUCAUCCAAUACCAAUAAUAUUUCAUUCUCUUCUCCUAUGAAUAAAUUAAAUGACUUACAUUUGAAUGAUUCAGAUAUACUAUUAAGUGAUGAACAAAUUCAUAAACCUAUCAAUAAUGAUAAUAUCAUUCUUGAAGAAGAUGAAAUUGAAGAUGAUGAUGAAAAUUACGAUAGUUACGAUAAUAAUCAUGAUAAUAACGACCAUAUAGAUGAUAUCCAACCAAAUCUGGAUAUUUCAUUAAUACCAGCUGCUGCUCCGAAAUAUAUUAAUAUUCGAAAACGUCAUCAUGUUGAAACACCAAUUUCAAAUUCUUCAUCAUUAUCAUCCAUUCCUAAUCAUAAUCAUACUGCCAUGUCAAUCUGUACUGAUGAUACAUCUAUGGAAAAUCAUAAUAAUUUACAUUCUCAAUCGAAUCAAAAUUCAAAAUUAAGUUUUAUAACUAGUGAUUCAACUCCAUGUCCACCUCAACCUAAACGAAAGAAAUUAAAAUUUAAAUCAAGUAGUAGUACUAAUACUAAUGAAAAGAAAUCAAUUUUAAAUUUAUCUAAUUCAAGAAAGACAUCGAUAAAUAAUCACCCUCAAAUACAGAUUAAUAAUCAAGAUAUAGAUGAUGAUGAAGAUGAUGAAAAUGAUAGUGAGAUUGAAGAUUUAAAAUCGGCAGCUAUACCGAUUUCCCAAUCUACUCCUUCAAAUUCACGAGCUUCAACUCCUCCUUUACAACAAUCACAAUCACAAUCACAAUCACAACCACAAUUACAACCACAACCACAACCACAGCAGCAGAAUUCGAUCAAAUCAAAGGAUCAGAUGUUUGAAGAGUAUGGUGAUUCCAUUAAUGGAUUUAAGUUUGUAAAAUCUACAAAAUCUACCACCACAACUACCACCACACAGACGAAAUAUAAAUAUAAUUAUGAAACUCCAAUCAAUAACAAUCGAUAUUAUUAUAAUUAUCAACCUCCAUCCACCGAACUCAAACCUCAACCUCAACCAAAGGGGAAAUAUCAAAUCGUGGGUGAAUUCCCUACCACAUCAGCAGGAAUGAUGAAUGAAAGUGAUGAAGACGUUCAUAUUGGAGAUAAACGAAUCAAUGACCCCUAUUUGAAACCCAUCAUGUCCAUCACUACAACUCCCUAUAAUGAUCAAUGGCAUAAAAUAAAACAAUGUUACGUUGGAGAAGAUGAAAAUAAACGAUAUUUACCAUUAUCUUUACCUUAUUUCUAUACUCAAUUCACCAUGACGACAUCAGAAUUAUUAACCAUCAUCAAUGAUUCUCACACCGUUGAGAAUUUCUAUAAAUCAUUAUUAGAGUAUGAUGAUGAAGGUGGAUUAAUAGCAUUAUUAAGGAGAGAACGUAUAAAAUGGCAUCCUGAUAAAUGGAUGAGUUCCCACCAUAUGAAGUAUCAUUUCGAUGGGGAUGUUUUGAAUGGGUUGUCGAAAGUUAUAAAUAGUUUAAUUAACGGAUUAGAAUAGAAUAGACAUUAAUAUAGAUUACGGCUUUUUUUAAAAAAAAUUUAUGUAUGAAGAUAAUUUUAGUUUAU